AUGGCUUACCAGAAUAAGGGCAAUUAUCAGAGCGUUCGAGAUUACAAACCAGAAGAAUAUUCAAAUAACGUACAACCAACAUAUUCUCCGUCACCAAGCACAAGUUCCUGUAGUUCACUAAGUCCGCAAGCUCUACAAAGUUCUCACGGGCAACUCGAUCCAUCUAGCAUUGAUCGACAAAUCGAACCGCAAGGCUUACAUGUGUCAAAUGACCUGCCACUUCCGCAAGGACAGGUUUCACGCCCGGAUCUACAAAGUUCCCAUAGUCCACGUGCACAGACCAGACCGCAAACACCUACUCGAGAAUCCAAAAAAUAUCGCACUUCUCUUAUUAAUUCACGUAUGUCAAAUAGUCCUGAUACACUUGAAGAACAGGACUAUUAUCCUGUAUACAAUUUGUUAAGGGGUUACGAAGAUAGUGAAGCGGAAGACGACACGGAGGGAACAGAUACCGAGUCAGUAUCUUCAAAUUAUGGUUCCCGUCGUCGACGUCCACCUUCAUUUUAUCCUGAUGAUACGAUAAAUGAUAAUAAUAGAAAGGGCAAAGGUCGUAAUAAUCUAGAUACAGAUUCCUUUGUCUACGGUAUUGGUUUAGAUUAUGAAAGUCGCUAUUAUGUGCCUUCACGUGGGUCUUUACAACAUGCAUUGGGUAAAGAGAAUCAAUCACACUCUUCAACAUAUACUCCAUCAGUAUUCAGCCAUGAUGACAAUAAUUAUAAUGUAGAAUAUUCACAUGCACCUGAUAGCAAUGCAGUUUAUGCCUCGUGGAGCUCAGAUGAUCAUAAAGUUCCAGUGCCAAAGGAAGAAAUAGAGGACAUUUUCACUGAACUCACCGACAAGUUUGGUUUUCAGAAACAGAGUAUGCGCAACAUUUUCGAUCUUCUCAUGUGCAUGCUAGAUUCUCGGGCUUCUCGAAUGUCACCUUCGCAAGCUUUACUGACACUUCAUGCUGAUUAUAUUGGUGGUGAACAUGCUAAUUAUCGCAAGUGGUAUUUUGCAACUCGUAUGGACUUGGAUGAUGUUCUUGUCGAUGAAAACAAUCCAAGUGAUUUACCAAAUCAGGAUAAUGAUCUUGACGAACAAUGGAAUCAGCGCAUGAAUCAAAUGUCUCAUUAUGAUCGCAUACGUCAACUCGCCUUGUGGCUCUUGUUAUGGGGUGAGGCUGCGCAUGUUCGUUUUACUAGCGAAUGUUUGUGCUUUAUAUUUAAGCUUGCUGAUGAUUACACAAAAAGCUCCGAAUACAAAGCAAUUGUACAACCGGUUCCUGAAGGGGAAUAUCUACAAAAGAUCGUCACACCACUCUAUCGGUACAUUCGUGAUCAAGGAUAUAAAGCAGUUGAUGGCGGUUUUGUAAAAAGGGAAAAAGAUCACGCUGAAACAAUAGGUUAUGACGAUAUCAAUGAAUUAUUUUGGUACUCCGAGAGCAUUGAUCGUAUAGUCUUAAAAGACAAGUCAUCACGUCUCAUGGCAUUACACAAAAGUGAACGUUAUCGAAUGCUCGGUCAAGUAGAUUGGAAUUAUGCUUUUGAAAAGACAUACAAAGAAAAGCGUACAUGGCUUCAUCUCGCCGUUAAUUUUACUCGUAUAUGGAUUAUCCACGUUGCUAUCUUCUGGUAUUAUAUUGUAUACAAUGCUUCAUUCCUUUAUACCGAUUCAGGUAACCCGGAACCCGCGGUUCAAUUCUCAGUGGUGGCUCUCGGCGGAGCAGUGUCGACUUUGUUCAUGAUCGUUGGAUGUAUUUGCGAGUUCUUCUUCAUUCCUCUGAACAGAAAUAAUCUAUCAAUGUUAAUAAAACGGUUUGUCCUCCUAAUCACAACGUUGAUUAUCAACUCUGGUCCUACAUACUAUAUCUAUGCAAGAGCACGUACCGGUCAAAUAUCUUUAAUUAUCGGAAUCACCCAAUUCAUUAUCUCGUUGUUAACCACCCUCUCCUUUGCUAUAAUACCAAGCGCAAAGUUGUUUGGUGGGUUGCCAAAAGGCUCACAAAAAUAUCGAGUUUUUAACACAUUCACUGCCAAUUACCCUACACUCAAUAACAAAGAUCGGACCAUCUCAAUUGGUCUCUGGUGUUGUGUCUUUGGAUGCAAAUUUGUCGAAUCUUACUACUUCUUGUCGCUUUCUUUCAAAGAUCCUCUAAAAGCAAUGGUCGAUAGUAGGGCAGUUGAUUGUGGUGAUAUGCUUGUUAAUAAAAUUAUUUGUUCCUACCUCCCCAUAAUAUCCAUCGUGUUUAUGUUUUUUGUGGAUCUUACUCUUUUCUUCUUGGACACGUAUCUGUGGUAUGUUAUCUGGUAUACCAUUUUUUCGGUUGUUUUUUCAUUAUACGUUGGUAUCUCCAUCUGGACUCCUUGGAAGAAUAUCUAUUCCAUGUUGCCUAAGCGAAUUUACGCAAAGAUUUUAGCUGUCACAAACAUUGAGGUCAGGCCAAGGAUUCUUGUGUCACAAAUUUGGAACGCGAUCAUUAUCUCCAUGUAUCGUGACCAUUUUUUGUCCGUCGAAAAUGUGCAAAAGUUAUUGUAUCGUAAAAAUUUUUUAUCCACCGAAAAUGUGCAAGAGUUUUUAUACCAACAGGGUCUUCCUGAUUAUGGGAAGUUCGCGUUAAAACCACCUACGUUCUUCGUAGCUCAGAAUUCGGAUUAUUUCUUCUCACCAAUGGGUGAAGCAGAGCGUCGCUUGUCAUUUUUCUCGCAAAGUUUAUCAACUCCGAUACCAGAUCCAUUACCAGUUCAAAAUAUGCCAACCUUUACGGUCUUGACUCCUCACUAUUCGGAAAAGAUUCUUCUUUCCCUUCGAGAGAUUAUUCGUGAAAAGGACAAAAGCACUAGAAUUACCUUGCUGGAAUACCUGAAACAGUUGCAUCAAAUUGAAUGGGACAAUUUUGUCAAAGAUACCAAAAUUCUGACCGAAAAUGAUGACACGACAAUGACAAACCAAUUUGAAGAAGACCCGUUGAAAAAAGCUAAAGACAAAAAACUGAAUGAUUUGGUUUUCGAUUCCGUGGGUUUCAAGUCUUCGGCACCGGAAUAUACUAUGCGGACACGCAUAUGGGCGUCGCUUCGAUCUCAAACGCUGUACCGUACGGUUUCCGGGUUCAUGAACUAUUCAAAAGCAAUAAAGCUUCUGUAUCAUGUGGAAAAUCCAGAGGUUACGACCAUUUUUGCCAACAAUCCAGAGAAAUUUAAGGAAGAGAUUGCUUCUAUGGCCCGUAGAAAAUUUAAGUUUGUGGUAUCCAUGCAACGAUAUAACGAUUUCACUGACGAAGAACAAGAGAAUGCAAAGUUCUUAUUACAAACUUACCCUGAUCUUCAGAUUGCUUAUCUUGAUGAACUCCCGCCCGAGAAUGAAGGGGAAGAACCAAGGAUAUACUCCGUGUUAAUCGAUGGUCAUUGUGAAUUUUUGCCUAACGGGAAGAGGAAACCAAAAUACCGUAUCCAACUUCCCGGUAACCCAAUCCUUGGAGAUGGUAAAUCUGACAAUCAAAAUCACGCCAUCAUCUUUUGUCGUGGUGAAUACCUGCAAUUAGUAGAUGCCAAUCAAGACAACUACCUCGAAGAGUGUCUCAAAAUUCGCAGUAUUCUUGGAGAAUUUGAACAAUAUGAGAUGCCAGCAACAUCACCAUACUCACCGGCCACCGAACCGUCGAAAAAAGAACCCGUUGCAAUCGUUGGUGCGCGAGAAUAUAUUUUUUCUGAGAAUUACGGUGUUCUUGGUGAUGUGGCUGCCGCCAAAGAACAAACUUUUGGUACACUAACUCAAAGGCUUAUGGCCCAAGUAGGUGGUAGAUUACAUUACGGACAUCCUGAUUUCCUAAAUGCCAUAUUCAUGACAACUCGUGGUGGUAUAUCAAAAGCACAAAAAGGUUUGCAUCUCAAUGAAGAUAUUUAUGCUGGUAUAAACGCGUUUAAUCGUGGUGGACGCAUCAAACACGCGGAAUACUAUCAAUGUGGUAAAGGUCGCGACCUUGGAUUCGGUUCCAUUAUUCACUUUACCACCAAAAUCGGAACUGGUAUGGGUGAACAAAUGCUCUCUCGCGAAUACUAUUACCUUGGGACACAGCUUCCUUUAGAUCGCUUCUUAACCUUUUAUUAUGCUCAUCCCGGGUUUCACGUAAACAAUAUUUUUAUUAUGUUAUCGGUGCAACUAUUCGUGUUCGGUAUGAUGCUUGUCGGCGCGAUGGUAUCUACCUUAACGCUGUGCGAUUACAACCCCGAUCCAACGGCUGAACUUAGUCCUCCAGGAUGUCACAAUCUUAUUCCUGUGUUUGAUUGGAUUAAACGUUCAAUCGUCUCCAUCGUUGUUGUGUUCCUUGUAACAUUCUUGCCAUUGUUCCUUCAAGAACUGGCCGAGAAAGGGUUAUUACGCAGUAUCAUCCGUCUUGGAAAACAUUUAAUAUCACUUUCUCCUUUGUUUGAAGUCUUUAUAACUCAGAUUUAUACACACAGUAUUACAGCAAAUCUUAGUUUUGGUGGUGCUCGUUAUAUUGACACCGGUCGUGGAUUUGCCACCAUUCGUAUCCCAUUCUCCACAUUGUAUUCACGUUUUACUUGUCUGAGUAUUUAUUUUGGCGUGAGGAUCCUUUUGAUAUUGCUCUUUGUAACCAUGACCAUACGACUACCGCACCUGGGAUACUUUUGGUUGUCAGUUGUUGCCUUGUCGAUAUCCCCAUUCCUAUUCAACCCACAUCAGUUCUCUUUCAUGGAUUUCAUCAUUGAUUAUCGGGAAUUCUUGAGAUGGAUGUCCCGUGGGAAUUCAAAAACACACGCAAGUUCUUGGAUUUCCUUUUGUCGUAUGUCUAGGACAAUGAUUACUGGUUAUAAACGCAAACGGUCGGGUCAUCCAUCAGAGGAAUCGGUUCGUGAGAUUCCUCGUCCAAGUUUCGUUGUGAUCGUUACCUCGGAACUCCUCUUACCACUCAUAUCGGCUGCCCUCUGUGUUCUAACGUUUGCGUUUGUUAAAAUUCUUGAUCCACACAACCCUGUGAAUGGUCUUAGUGCGAUCAUCCGUGUUUGCGCUAUAGCCGUCAUGCCGGUUAUAUUAAACGCGACCAUGCUAGCGGGACUUUUCUUUAUUUCACUCUGCACUGGUCCAUUGGUAAAUUGCUGUUUCUCCAAGUUUGGAUCCAUUGUUGCCGCAAUUGCACACGCCUGGUCAGUUCUCAACUUGAUUGGAGUUUUCGAACUUUGGUGGUUUAUCAAUGCAUGGAACUUUUCCCAUGCUAUCCUAGGUGUGAUUACAUUGGUUGCAAUUCAGCGAUUCAUUUUCAAAGUCUUGAUCGUAUUGUUUUUAACACGUGAAUUUAAGCAUGACGAAACAAAUAGAGCUUGGUGGACGGGAAAGUGGUACGGUCGUGGAUUAGGUGGAUCAUCAUUUACACAACCUUUUCGAGAAUAUAUCUGUAAAAUAGUUGAGAUGUCACUUUUCGCAACCGACUUUAUACUCGGUCAUAUUAUUCUAUUCAUAUUGGCACCUAUAUGCUUGAUACCUUGGAUCGAUAGAUGUCAUUCUACCAUGUUGUUUUGGUUGAGAACAAGCAAGCAAAUUAGGGUGCCAAUAUUUUCGCAGAAACAAAAAAAAAGAAGAUCACGUAUGAUAUGGACAUAUGGACUUUUGUUUUUAAUCAUGUAUCUUGCAUUUAUUGGGUUGAUUGCUGUACCUAUAGUUGUUGGAACCAAGCUAAAGUUUAAAUUAGACAUUCCAAUAUAG